AACUCCUCUUACCCCGCCCCCUCCUCAGCUCCCGUCCUCUACUCCUCAAACUGCUGAUGUGGUACUAACUUCAGCCUCCACCUCUGCAAACAUGUUCAACUUCACAUCAAAACUUUUGCUGCUUUUUCUCCUGGCCUUCCCCUGCGGUCUGAUAUCAGUUGGCCACGUUUAUGCCGACUCAGACUCGGCCGAGGACAUUGUCGAGGACUCAGAUGCUGCAGUAGAUGAAGAGGAAGAUGAUGAAGAUGUCCUUGUUGAAGAGGAUCAGAUGCAAACCUCGGAAGGACACGAAGACGACUCCGACGAAGCGGCGGACAAACUGUUAGCUUCUCACCCUGAUGCCGACACGACGAUCAUCUUCACCACGGGAGAAGAGUUUCCUGCCAAUGAAAUUGUGCGGUUCCUGGUGGGUUUCUCCAACAAGGGUAGUCAGGAGUUCACCGUUCAGUCAUUGGAGGCCUCCUUUCGUUAUCCCCAGGACUUCCAGUUCUUCAUCCAAAAUUUCACAGCUUUGCCCCUGAACACUGUCGUCAAACCACAAGCUCAGGCCUCCUUCGAGUACUCCUUCAUCCCAGCACAGCCAAUGGCCGGUCGCCCAUUUGGACUUGUAAUCCUGCUCAACUAUCAAGACACUGAGGGCAGCGUGUUCCAGACUGCCGUUUACAACCAGACUGUCACCAUCACUGAACGAGAAGAGGGACUGGAUGGAGAAACAAUGUUUAUGUACGUGUUCCUGGCGGGACUGGUAUCCCUGCUGCUCUUCGGGAUGUACCAGGUCCUGGACUCGAGGACGAAAAAGAGGCUUUCUGUGAAAAUAGAAAAGGGCACUGCUGGAAUAAAUGAUGUGGACAUCAGCUGGAUUCCUCAGGAGACUCUUAAUGCCAUGAACAAGGCUUCCCCUAAAGCAUCCCCCCGGAAACGAACCAAGAGGGCGGCUGGGACAGACCAAUAAACGUGCUGGCUUCCCUUUGUCGUUAUAAUCUUGAUCAAACUUUCAGAACACCUCGCAACAAUAACUCAGUUCAAAUUUACAAACAAUGCGAAUGUCUGGAAUUCAGUUUUUGAAGCAGAUUUUUUUUUGUUUGAGAAUCGGAGCUCGAUACAGUCUCAAGGUAUUACAUGCUGAGAGGAUCCUGUGCUCUCAUUGGACCGUGACCAUUUAAACACUAAGAAGACUGAACUGUGGCUCAUUUUAAAGGGACUUGUGUGUGUGUGUGUGUGUGUGUGUGUGUGUGUGUGUGUGUGUGUGUGUGUGUGUGUGUGAGAGAAAGAAAGAAAGAGACAAUCGGUAAUUAAGAUUACAAGGGCUGGCUUGAACUGCCUUCUUGAAGAGGGUUGAAUUUGAGUUCAUUGCCACUCCUUUUUUUAUUUUUUAUUUUUUUAUUUCCGAUAAUAACAAUGAAAAUAUCACAGUCUUCUCUAUCAUCAAACCCUUCUCUGCCUUAUCUGGUCUCUUGCAAAAAAUGCCGUUUUUGUUUUUUGUUUUUUUAAAUUACCACACAUGAUUCACACAUAACGUCCAUUAAUGAUUUUAUGUUUUUUAAAGUGGUACAGUGGCAGCUGCAAGUGCAAAUGUCGAAACCAUGUGUCUCAGUGUCUGUGCAAGUCAAUUUUGCCGCCUUACUCCUGAGCAGAGCAUUCAGUCAGUGUUAGUGAUGCGGUCUGUCACGCUGUAUGUCAGUAUUUGUGAUGCAACGCCUUCUGAAAAACAAUAAAAGGCUGUAUUUACUCAGAUUA